GCGCUGGACCGACGAGUCGGCGAGGGUCGCCACGCUGCCCGAAAUGAGCGCGCGCGACCCACCACAUCGCGUUCUUCUCGGCGUCAUGUCCAACCCUGUCAAGCCCGCAAUGCGCGCCCAGCAGCGCAAGUGGGCCGGCCACUUCCAGCACGCAGCCAACGUGGACGUGCGGUUUGUUCUGGGCACCACCUUUUUCAACAACACGCAGCGGCCUCCGCCCGAGUGGGACGAGCUCAAGGCGGAGGAGAAGGAGCACAAGGACAUCAUCUUUGUCGAGGGCCGCGAGAAGCUGCCGCACGUCGGCGUCGUCACGGAGAAGAGCGCGUCGUUCUGGCUCUCGCGCGGCGCCGAGUCGCCGGGGUACGAGUGGUACUGCAAGUGCGAUGACGACACGCUCGUCCACCUCUCGCGCCUCGGCGAGACCCUCGCCAACGUGACCCGAUCGCUCGGCCGCACAGCCCACGUCUACUUUGGCCACCUCAAGUGGCGCGGCUGGGAGGCGGGCCACCGCUUCCAGGCGUGCGGCGGCGGGUGGGGCGACUCGGCCAAGACGCUGAGCGAUAUCCUCGGCGGCGGAGGCAUGCCCGACGGAUCGCGCUACCCCCCCUGCCCGCACGCCGCGGGUCCG